AUGAAGGUCCUGAUCACCGGAGCAGGAGGCUUUGUUGGCCAACUCCUCGCCGAGACCCUCCUGAACGAAGGCCACACCGUCGUUCUCACAGACAUCUUCGAGCCACCUGUUCCCCAAGGCGCCUCCCAGAACGCAAGCAACGCCACCUGCAUCAAAGCAGAUCUCUACGAUUCGCCUGAAGCCGUGCUCUCCAAGGACCUUGACGCCAUGUACGUCUUUCAUGGCAUCAUGUCUGCUGGAAGCGAGGAGAACUUGGAACUCGGAUAUCGGGUGAAUCUCUUCAGCACCAUCAAUCUGCUUGAAGCAGUUCGAAAGACGAUCCCGGGAGUCAAGUUCAUCUACUCGUCUAGCACGGCUAUUUUCGGACAACCGCUUCCUUCGUUGCCGAGCGAGGAGACUGUGCCCACGCCACAGGGAAGCUAUGGCACUCAGAAGGCAAUGAUCGAAUACAUCGUCAACGACUAUAAUCGUCGUGGCUUCAUUGAUGGCUAUAUACUCCGUUUCCCCACCAUCUCGGUUCGCCCUGGGAAGCCGACUCAGGCUGCCUCGAGCUGGAUGAGUGGUAUCAUUCGGGAGCCUCUGCAAGGGAAGGGAAGCACUCUGCCUUGCGAUGAUGAUUUCCAGGCAUGGCUGUGCUCGCCCAAGACUCUGAUCAAGAACCUGGUCCACACUUUGAGUCUGAAGAAUGAUUGUAUGCCGGCUCAUAUCAGACAAGUGCUGUUGCCGGGCAUUACAUCGACUGUGAAAGACAUGAUGGAUGCGUUGAGAGACGUGGGAGGUGAAGAGGCCGUGAAGUUGGUCAAAAGGGAGCGGCCUAGUCCGGAGAUUCAGGCGAUGCUGGAUAGCUGGCCAGUGACGUUUGAUGUAAGCAAGGCAUUGGGGCUAGGGUAUGUGAGGGACAACAGCUUCAAGGAUGCCGUGGUGGAUUUCAAGAAGGGCCUGGAAGCGCAGACGAACGGUUCCGCAUGA